CAUCACUACUUAGCCAUUGGACAAGAAACUAACUAUACCUAUAUUGUCAUGGCUGCCCUUCAAUCUUUACUAGUAUGUAUUGUAGUGGCAGUUUCCAUUACCGUAAUACCAACGUCUGCACAACUAAGUGCUGAUUUCUACAACAAAGUGUGCCCUCAGGCACUACCAGCCAUUAGAGCAGUUGUCAAGCAGGCCAUCUUUCGUGAGCCGCGAAUCGGAGCCUCUCUACUCCGCCUUCACUUCCAUGACUGCUUUGUUAAUGGCUGUGAUGGAUCAAUUCUACUUGAUGACACUUCGAGCGUCACUGGUGAGAAGACAGCUCUCCCAAAUGUGAAUUCAGUGAGGGGAUUCGACGUAAUUGAUGAUAUAAAAAAGGCCGUGGACAAAGCUUGCAACCGCAGCGUGGUCUCAUGUGCUGAUAUAUUAGCAGUUGCAGCUCGUGAUUCUGUGUUCCUUCUGGAUGGACCUCUUUACCAAGUCCCGUUAGGAAGAAGAGAUGCAAGAACUGCAAGCUUGAGUGAUGCAAAUAGAAAUCUUCCACCCCCAUUUUUCAACUUCCCGCAGCUUGUCUCUAACUUCCAAGCUCAUGGUCUGGACCUAACAGACUUAGUUGUCCUCUCAGCCGCCCACACCAUUGGACUAGCUCGGUGCACCACCUUCCGGGCCAGAAUUUACAAUGACACCAACAUAGACCCCAGCUUCGCAGCCUCAGCGCAACAAAAUUGCCCAUCAAGUGGAGGAAAUGACAAUACAUUGCCACUAGAUGCAACUACAAGGAGAUUUGAUACCGUCUACUUUAAUUCCUUGUUGAAACAAAAGGGUCUCCUACAUUCUGAUCAAGAGCUAUUUAAGAAUAAUGGCACGGAUAGUGAUAAGCUGGUGUUUAAAUACAGCAGGAACCCAUUUGCUUUUGCUAGAGACUUUUCAGCCUCUAUGAUCAAGAUGGGUAACCUCAAGCCUCUUACUGGGAAUGAUGGAGAAGUAAGAUUGAACUGUCGGAAAAUCAAUUAGUGUGUGUUGUUGUCACGAUGAAAAAGAUAUAUGUUUUUCAUGAUUUUGCAAAGUAGCAUAAUCUAUGAUCAUGCUAUAUAAUGUACCCAAAAACGACUAUUUAUUGAAUAAUAUGGAGAU